AUGAUAGCAAAUCUAUAUUAUGAUGUUAAGAUUGCGCGAUCUCAGGAUGCAGAACUUUGUAACAGUAUACACUUGCACAAAUUUGCAUAUAUUAAGAUAAAAUUGGCUCAGUUUGUUUUUGAUCAGAUCGGUGACCAAAUGAUGAAUAUCGAUUCCAUAAAGAUUACUGAUGCCGUUGAGGAAGAUUUAGAAACAAAUGAAACCAAUAAAAAUGAAAGCAAAAAUGAAAACGGAGAAAAAGAUAGCGACGAGGAUGAGCUGGAUGAUGAUGAAUUCGAAGUGGAUCGCAUCCUAAAUGUUGCUGCAAUGGAUGGAGAAGUGAAAUAUCAGGUACGGUGGAAAGGUUACGGAUCAGAUGAAGACUCUUGGGAACCUGAAUGGAAUCUGGAAACAGCACGACUAAUCCUUGAUAAAUAUAUUGCAAGUCAUCAGGACGAGAGAAAUAAAUUACGACGAAGUUCUAGCUCGGAAUAUUCAGAAACUGCCAAGACAAUGAAUAUUCGAGACAGGAGAAAUGAUAGCGAUAGUGGUGAGGACUAUGAAGUUUUCAAGAAGCGCAAGAGGUAA